CCAGAAGAUAAUGAAAAGACAAAACCACCGUAACGCAGGAAGCCACCAGAAGCUCCACGCCCUUCGCUCUCCACUUUCACAGACUUUCACUCAUGGCACAAGAAGAAAUCCAGGAAACUCAGGAGGGAGAGGAACAAUCCGACAAUGGCGAAACUCCUACACAAGCAUCUGAGAAUGAGAAGCCAAUGGAGGAUGCUCCUGAAAAAAUUGAGGAAACCCCUCCUGCUGAGGAAGAAAACAAUGAAGCUCCCGAGCAGCAGGGGGAAUCAGGUGAUGAAGAAGGCGAGGAGGAGACAUUUGGAAUAAAGUUAGAGGCUUGGAAUGAACAAAGGGAGCAAGGGAUCUUUCCUGGUCCCCUGUAGGAGGAGGAGAGAAAAAAGAGGGGUUUUUUUGUUGUGUGUGUGUGUGUGUGUUGGG